GUUCGCAUUGGUCAUGCCAUAGACAGAAAGAGAUAAAAGAGAGAGAGAGUGUGUGAGAGAGAGAGAAAAAAGAGGUUAUAAUGUAAUAAUGAAGCUGUGUAUGAUUGAAGCAUACAGCCAUGGCAUUAAAGAUUAUGGUUAGAAUAAGAUAUUUGAGUCGGGCUUUAGGUAGGGUUAUAAGAAGAGUCUUAGGGAAAGAAGUAAGUCGUGAUUCAGAUGAAGCUCCCUAGCGACGAAGGCUCACAGCAUCUGCACGUAGGCAACGGGAAGCUGCACCUGUUGCUGAGGAUGUUUAGCAUGUGGAUCAUGCAGCUGAUGAGGUCCAUGAACAACCUAAAGAAGUAGUUGUUAAUGAUGUAGUUACUGAUGCCGAGGGUUUUCCAGACAGGCCCCACGACACAUCGGUUUUGAUUGGCUAUGUUCAUCAUGUUGUAAUGAUUGUUUGGAAUGAAGAGGAACGUCCUGAGUUGAAGUCAUCCUCCCAUGGAAGGUUGCGAAAUUUGACAGGCCUGCUCUAGAGAUUGAAGGCUUAGUGGCAGCUGUAGGAUUAAGUCCUUUGAUCGCAUUUUCCUUGGACAUUGGAUACCGGGGACUUAUAUCAGGUUUUGUAGAGAGGUGGCAUAAGGAAACUAGUAGUUUCCAUCUUCCUAUAGGAGAGGUGACUAUCACCCUCGAUGAUGUGGCAUUGUUGCUUCAUUUGCCCAUUAUAGGCGCCUUCCAUAGCUUUGAGGCUCUUCAUAUGAACAAAGUCUUGUUGUUGUUAACUGAAUUACUUGAAGUUAGUUCAGAAGAAGCAAGAGCUAAGACGGUACAAUGACAUGGGGCAUAUGUUCAACUAUCGUGGCUGCGAGACAUUUAUCGUAGCAAAUGUGAUGCAACACAGUGGACUAUAACAGCUCGAGCAUAUCUCUUGCAUUUGGUAGGUUGCACACCAUUUGCUAACAAGAGUGUCACACACGUGCAUGUGGUAUUCUUGGAUGUCUUUCGUGACCUCAUCCAGAGUGAAAGCUACGCAUGGGGAGUUGUCGCCCUAGUCCAUAUGUAUGGGAAUUUGAAUGAUCCAUCUAAGAGCAGCGCCAAACAACUUGCAGGGUAUAUCACACUUUUAGAGACCAUUCCUCCACACCCUGCUGCUCCAACAUUAUGCAUAGAAGAUAUUGAUGAUAGAUGGAUUCAAUUUUUUGAAUACCUUGCACCGGUGGGUCAAAUAUGUGUUGCACUUGGACAGUGUGUAACAGACUACAUGGAGUGGUUCUACAUGAUUUCUCAUCCCUUCAUGAGUUCGGCACAGCCUAGGGAUCUUCCUAAACAUCUACCCGUGUUGCAUGAUGACACAUUUAUUGAACCAGAUAUUCCUCAGCACCCGGUGGUGGCAGGAGCUAUGGACGAAGCACUUACAGAUGCACCUUUUCAUGUAGAGCAACCUCGACAUGUAGUGAUAUUCCUCAGCACCCGGUGGUGGCAAGAGCUAUGGACGAAGCACUUACAGAUGCACCUGCUUAUGUAGAGCAACCUCGACAUGCACUGGUAAAAUAUAUUUUUAAUUGUCACUAUUACUCAUUUUAUUUAAACAUGCAUUAACCCUAAACUUUUUUGCUUGUUGUCAAUGUCCUUGGAGGCUUGCCAAGCAAUAGCUGAAAGGUUGGAAAGAUUGCUCAACCUAAGGAUAGUGACUAAAGGUACAUAAGCAUACACUGUCACAGAAGAUUGCCUAAGGAUCGUUAGAGGUGUAACUGCAGAACACAAUGUAUAUGUGCGGUCGCAACGAAGGCGGCGUAUGGAAGAUGCAUGAAGACCUUUAGGAUUUAUUACGUUUUAUAUGAUUUUGUUUGCAAUUUGACAAUGUUUAUUAUUUAAUUUUAU